CGUCGCGAGCCCCUCUCUCUCUCUCUCUCGCUUUCUCUCUGAGCGGGGCUCUCUCCUCUCGCUCCCUUUCGCGCUCCGAUCUCGGCCACCGCUAUAAAAGCCCCCACGUCCUCCACGCUCUCAUUUUUUUUCCCAAGCCAUUCCCGUUUCCUCUCUCCGCCUCCUCCUCGACCGUGAAAUUUCCGGCGUUGCCUCUCCUUUCGGUUCUGUUGAGCCGCCGCCCUUACGAUCUCGGACUCCGGCGACUCAUCCGGCGAUCGCUGAAGCUUCUCCGGUACAUCUGCUUCUUUCCUUGUCGCUCCUUCCUCUUAUUGUUUCGUCCUUUUGGACCAUCCUCCGAAGAGGAUCACGGACCUUUUUGUAAUGUGCUUUUCAUCAUAUUGCUGAUGCCAUUACCAAAAUCAAGAUCUUCAUCUGACAUGACAAAGCCAGAGCAGAAGGUUUGCAAACCUGAGAAGGAAGGACAUGAUCCUUUUGACAAUAUUAUCCGACAGACAAUAGGAAAAGAACCCUUUAUGUCAUUUUCAAGGGCUGGUGAGAAUCAUGUUCAGUGGAUACAGUUAUUGCAUGCUCUAGAUCAACAAGGAACUAACAAGCUCUCUAAGGGCUCAAAGGCUGUAAAUGUGGUUGUUGGGAAAGACUGGAUUCAGGAACCAUGCAAUGGCGUCAGCUUGCUCUCAUCUGAAACGAAUGGGUUUAAGGAUUCCAUGCACUCAAAAGCAACAGGAACUGUAAAAGGAGCAAAACUUCCUUCUGAACACAUUCAUCAUCACAAAAUUCCUGAAAUUGUCGCCUUCACAGCUGCAAAGGCAAACGGUGAGAGUGAAAAAUAUUUUCCAGGGUGGCCCUUGUCAUUACCUUCAAAAGUGCAAAUGCAAAAAUGUGAAAAGUGUUCAAGGGAGUUCUGUUCAACAAUCAACUAUAGAAGACACAUCCGCAUACAUCGUCGUUCUUUAAACAUUGAUAAGGACUCGUCGAAGAACAGAGACUACUUGAGUGCAUUCUGGGAUAAGCUAUCUUUCGAUGGGGCAAUGGAAAUUGUUUCAUUCAAGGACGUUUUGCUGGAGGAGGUGACUGGAUCAUCUAUCAUAAAAACUUUGACUGGGUUUGUGAGAAAACCUGGUUUCACAUCUCUACCACAAGCAUAUAUGAAAGCUGGUUCUGCACUUCUUGAUAUAAUCCAAGCAAGACCUUCUAAGUUGCCUAUUUCUUCAAAGGAGUUGUUUGCCAUACUUGAUGAUGCCAGUGAAAGGACAUUCUUGUGUGCUGGUACAGCUGUUUCCCUGCGAAAGUUUGUGUUUGAUGGAGAAGCUGCAAAGAUUGGCCUAGAGCCUAGAAAUAUUGUUGCAUGUACUAGCUUCCUUAUUGAACAAAGGCUGGUUACAGCUUGGCUAGCUGAUAAAGAUGCUGAAGCUCUAAGAUGUCAAAAACUUCUUGUUGAAGAAGAAGAAGCAGCUCAGAAAAGGCAAGCUGAGCUCUUGGAGAAGAGAAGGCUGAAGAAAUUGAGGCACAGAGAACAAAGGGUGAAGGAUCAUGCUGAGGAAGAUACAUCAAAUGUUAAGGAUGUUUUUUUGCUGGACCUAGCUAAGGAUUCAUCUUCUCUAAUAGAAACACCGUCUUUGGCAGUUUCUAAUAUAGUUGACCAUGAAGGUGCCGAGUCUACAUGUAAUUCCACUUCUCCAGCUGAACCUGCCAUAUUGACAGAUGCAGAAGGUGCACAGAAUGGAGCAACUGGUGGUCAUGUUACAGGCUCUGGUGAUAUGGGGGCAAACUAUUUUCAUGACUCGAUAGGUGCAACUACUCUGUCAACAGGUGCAGAUGGAGACAAUGAUAGACCCAACGAUGGAGACAUUACAGGAUCAGUUGAAACAAACACAAGCCACUUGGAUGAUCCUGCCAGUGAGGAUCCAUAUGAUUUUCAUGGUACAGACGUUAAGGCACCAUAUGUUUCUGGCAAGCGGUAUUUGAACAUGGCUCGCCGCCAAGCCAUUAGGCAACCACGAUAUGUGCCUAAUGUGUUAACUUCAGGUCCUGAAAAUGGAUCUGUUUCCAAGUCGGUCAGCAUCCAGAAACAUGGUGUCUUCAAGGAUCAAAGAGUGACUUCACAAACAAAUAGUCAUAAGGUGUGGACCAGGAAAUUGAAGGUGGAAGAUGAUAGAGAUGAUAUAGACAAAGAAGGAAAGAGAGAAGUGCAUGAACUGCGGGAGCAGAAAAAGGAUUGUGAGGUUCUGAUUGGCUCUAUAUCAAUAGCACUCUCUGGAACUAAUGUGGCUAGGCAGGAUGGGGAUGACACUACUGCGGCAGCUGAACCACAACCACAGAACUGCAUUGAUACCAAUCAGUUGGGCCCACAACCAACUGGUAAUCAACUAGCUACAAAGAGGACUUCCUUGUCCGACAAAAAGGGCAAGUCAGACUCUGGUCAAACCCAUGUAGGCCAUUGCAAGGUGAAGCUCUGGAGGCCAGUUGGUAUAAUCACGAGCUGCAGAAAUGGAGGAACCAUGGAACAAAUAAGUAAUUUAUCCUGUGACAAUAGGGACACAGACUGUGGUGGUGUUGCAGAUAAGAUGGCAGAGAGCUGUACAGCAAUUGAAAACUGUUGCAGACUGCUUGAUACUGAGGAACAGAGAUUUCAUAAUGAUGAUAACUCCUCAGGUGCAGUGGUGGAGGCAGGUGCUGUAAACCAGAACGGUUCAAUGUCAUUCUCAAGCCAUGCUGCUCAGAUAUUCCUCAUUGAGAGAUGGAAAGAGGCAAUUUCUGGAGACCAUGUUACGGUUGUUAUUUCCCCUGAAAUGGAGGUCUCACUUACAUCAGUGAAUUCUCAGAGUACUGCAGAAUCAUCCCCAUUCGCUGACAGAGGGAACGACGAUCACAAACCCUGCUCUGAGGGCUUCGAACAUGCUGGGUUGAACCCCCUUGCCAGCACUGAGAACCGGUUGGCGAGUGCUGAGCUGCAUAAUAGUACAAAUAGUGCAUCAAAUUCCAGGCCAAGAUCAAAUUCUCUCAAGUCCAGCAAGCUGAAGUACAUCCCUAAGCAAAGAAAUGGCUUCCAUCAGUGACCAGUCUAUGGCCUCCUUAUCAUUCCAGGCAGAGGUUUUCUUUCCAAUUUUAAAGAAAGACUCUGUAUGUCUUUGUUCUCCUGCAAAUAGCUCCUUUCUUACGGCAUUUUCAUUGGGGGAAAGCAGUUAUUUCCUUUUCUAGGAUUUUUUUUCUUUCGCAAUCAAUGAUGCUAGCCUUCCUUUAGGAUCAUUAGUCAUUAGUUUGCUCCCCUCGUUUGAGAGAUAAAAGGGUCAGUUUUGUAUUUAGUCUAUCCUUUUCUGGGGCAAGUUCUAUAGAUGCUGGGAAUUCAUGUAAGCGGAUUUCAGGGUGAUGGUCGGCUAUUGGUGCUGUCAUCUUUCUAUGUUCUGAGUUUAGUGUUCCAAAGACAUGGUCCAUGAUAUUGGGCAAUUUUAUUGGAAUUUUUGGGGAUGGGUUCUCUUUGCAGAUUUA